CGCACAAGCAAGAGUGUCGCUAGCGACUAUCUGAUGCUCACUCGUGCAAAUAGUAGACCUUUUAGGAUCAUGGCCGAGUCGGCAUCGUUUCAGGGACUGAGGAUCGCAAGACCGAGUCGACUCGGAAGUACUUGCCACAAAAGUGCGAUCCGACUCGCCUCCUACUGACUCGCAAUCCUUUUCUCCAGCACAUUCCGACUCGGAUCUUUGAGGGAUAUAUAUGGGGAAUAGAGAACAUAAGUCCACGACCGUACAGUAUCAUACGCACCCCGACCACUGCACCUUCAACAGAGCAAACCAGACAUGGUUCCCGUUCCGAAUCCGCGUGUGGUGUACGCAAAGCCGAUCCCUCAGGGAGCAUGGCCUGUUGUCGGCGAGCACCUCAUCUACGACAACUCGCGCACCAUCGACCCGGAAACUGUACCGCUGAAUGGCGGCUUUCUGACGAAGGUUCUGUAUUUGAGCCCUGAGCCCUACAUGCGAGAGAGAAUGCGCGAAGAGCACAUCGCGAGCUACAGUAGCCCCAUGUUGGCGGGCGCACCCGUCGUUGGCCUCUGCGUUAUGCAAAUCAUGCGCUCUGAAAAGCCCGAGUUCAAGCCAGGCGACUUUGUCUACGGCGCGUCGCAUUGGGAACUCUACACGGUCCAGCCGUAUAUGGAGGCCCGCCGUAACUGGAACCCUGCGGAGUGGCCAUGGUGGACUGCAAACAUGGACGAUUUUGGUGGUGCGCAGAAGAUCCCUGACCCGAAGGGCGCUUUCCCACUGUCGAAGUACUGCAGUGUGGCCGGCUCGCCGGGCAUGACUGCGUACGUCAGCUGGAAGAAGUACGCAAAUGCGAAGAAGGGAGAAACUGUGUUCGUCUCCGCAGGCGCAUCCGCUGUCGGAAGCUUGGUCAUCCAGCUUGCAAAGCUCUAUGGGAUGAAAGUGAUCGCUUCUGCGGGCUCGGACGCCAAAGUCGAAUAUAUGCGUUCGCUAGGAUGCGAUGUGCCGUUCAACUACAAGAAGAAUGCGUACAGCGAGGUACUGGCGGAGCAUGGGCCACUUGAUGUUUACUACGACAACGUCGGCGCGGAGGCUCUCGCGGCAGCGUUUGACAACAUGAACUUAUUCGGACGUGUCAUCAUCUGCGGCCAGGUCGCUGAGUACAACGUCGCGCCCGAGGAUCGCUUCGGUAUCAAGAACACCGACAUGAUCUUCAAGCGCAACGUCACCGUCUCGGGUUUCCUCGCGCCCUACAUUGCCGGCGAGUACAUGGGCAAGUUCCUCGAGGACGUGCCGCGGAUGCUCGUGGAGGGGAAGCUGAAGAGCACGGAGCGGAUAUACGAGGGGAUGGAGGCGGCGCCGCAGGCAUUUGUGGACAUGCUGAAGGGCGGGUGGGAUACGGCGGAGGGGAAGGUGGUGGUUUCGCUUGUUGGGAUCUAGUGUAACGCACAAUGAAUUCAUUGCAAGAUGUUAACAGUACGUACUCGU